AGCGAACUGAAAGAAAGCUUUCUCGUUUUCAGUCAGUGUCGAUCAUUCCCACUUCUAAACCCUAAACCCAGCCGCCGCCAUGGCCGCCGCCGUCCGCCUCUUCCUGCGCCGCCGCCUCGCCACGGCCACCGCCACGCCUCCGACCCCAGCCUCCAUCCUCAACCCUUCCUCCCCGACCACCCCGCUCACCUCGCGGCAGAAGACCCGCCUCGCCAUCUCCCUCCUCAAGUCCUCCCCGCCGCCGCCCCACGACCAGAUCCUCUCCAUCUGCCGCGCCGCCGCACUCUCCCCGAAGACCCACCUCGACCGUGUUGCUCUCUCCCUCGCCACCUCGAGGCUCUCCACCGCCCCGGACUCCCUCCGAGACCUCACGUCCUCUCUUCUCAUCCCCCACCACGCGCACCACGCCAUCGUGCUCUUUGGCCAGGCCGGCCUCCUCCCCGACGCCAUCUCCACCUUCCAGUCGUCCCCCUCCACCCGCUCCCUCAACGCCCUCCUCUUCGCCUGCAUCGUCGCCGGCAACCAUGCCGAGGCCGCUCGCAUCUUCCAGACCUUCCCCGACGCCCACCGCGUCAAGCCCAACGCCGAGACAUUCAACUCCAUUAUAAAAUCCUUCUCUGAGUCCGGCACCACAAGGUCCUUCUACUCGGUGUUCGAUGAAAUGUGCAAGGAGGGCGUGAAGCCCACCGCCACCACAUUUACUGCCGCGAUUGCUGGGUUUUACAAGGAGGAGCGCUUUGAUGAUGUAGAGAAGGUGAUUAAGCUCAUGAAGAAGCACGGUUGUGGUGAGUCACUGCAAGUGUUCAAUUCAAGGGUUCAGGGGCUGUGCAAGCUUGGCCGGAAUGGUGAUGCCAAGGCAUUACUGAGUGAGAUGGCCAAGAAAGGGACGAAGCCAAACUGGGUUACUUAUAACCAUUUGAUUUAUGGAUUCUGCAAGGAAGGGGAUUUGGAGGAAGCGAAGCGGCUGUACAAGGAGAUGGGAAAGAAGGGGCUUGUUGGGGAUAGUGGCUUCUAUUUUACUGUCAUUUUUCACCUUUGCAAGGCUGGCGAUUUUGAUACCGCCCUUGGUGUAUACAAUGAGAUAAUACCUAGGAACUGGGUACCCUGCUUCUCGACCAUGAAGAUGCUUGUGAAUGGGCUUGCUGGGAGCUCGAGAAUCGACGAGGCAAAAGGGAUCAUUGAGAAGAUGAAGGAGAAAUUUCCGGAUAGGGAUGAAGGGUGGAAGGAGGUAGAGGAGGCAUUGCCUCAAUAGAAUAACCACUCACAGAUGAAAACCCGCUGCUCAGUGAUUCAAAUUCAAGUUUGUCGCUGAACGACCCUUCUCAAAUUGUUUGUUGCCGGGUGCCAAAAACGUGGUUAGCAGUUGGGAACUGCACCAAUAUUUGAUGGACUGUUCUAAGCACAUGGAGCUUUGUUUAAGAUGUAAUUUUGCUAUUAGAAUAUGCUAGUCCCAGUUGCUGUUAUAAAAUAUCUCCCGUCAAAGAAUUGUUGAGGCGGGGUGAAAAUACCAUGACUUUGAGGUAAGGCACUGUUCGAUAUUUUUUGGA